CGCCGCGGGGAGGGGGAUGCGGACGGGGGAAGAUGGCGGCCUCGAACAACCCGCGGAAAUUCAGCGAGAAGAUCGCGCUGCACAACCAGAAGCAGGCGGAGGAGACGGCAGCCUUCGAGGAGGUCAUGAAGGACCUGAGCCUGACCCGCGCGCACCGGUUACAGCUGCAGAAAACCCAGUACCUGCAACUGGGCCAGAGCCGUGGCCAGUACUAUGGUGGCUCCCUGCCAAACGUCAACCAGAUUGGGAACAGUGCCAUGGAUCUCCCCUUCCAGCACAACGGAGCUCUGGCAGAAGCCCUGGGAGCGGUUCCUGUCUCUUUGACUCCCUUUCAGUCGUCGGGGCUGGACACCAGCAGGACCACUCGGCACCAUGGGCUGGUGGACAGAGUGUACCGGGACAGGAACCGCCUGGGCUCGCCGCACCGCCGCCCGCUCUCCGUGGACAAGCACGGCAGGCAGGUGGACAGCUGUCCCUAUGGCACUGUGUACCUGUCCCCUCCGUCAGACACCAGCUGGAGAAGGACAAAUUCUGACUCUGCUUUGCACCAGAGCACCAUGGCACCGGCCCAGCCUGAGUCCUUCACGGGAGGGUCACAGGACAUGCAGCAGAAAAGAGUUUUGUUACUGACUGUCCCUGGGAUGGAGGAACCCACCUCUGAGGCAGACAAAACCCUCUCUAAACAGGGAUGGGACACUAAAAAGACUGGGUCAUCGAGACCUAAAUCUUGUGAAGUUCCAGGAAUCAACAUCUUCCCAUCAGCUGACCAGGAGAACACUACAGCCCUGAUCCCUGCCACGCACAACACCGGCGGCUCCCUGCCAGACCUGACUAACAUCCACUUCCCUUCCCCUCUCCCAACACCCUUGGAUCCUGAGGAAUCCACAUUCCCAGCCCUGAGUAGCUCCAACAGCACUGGGAAUCUUGCUGCCAACCUGACUCACUUGGGCAUCAGCACUGCCAAUCAGGGAAUGACGCCGGCAGCACCCUCCCAGCACCGCCCGCCCGCCGUCAGCCCUCUCUCCUUGAGCGCAGACUCCAGGCGACCCCAGUCCCAGCAGAUGUCUCCUACACUGUCCCCUCUGUCCCCAAUCACUCAGGCCGUGGCCAUGGAUGCUUUGUCUCUGGAGCAGCAGCUUCCCCCCUACCCUUUUUUUACCCAGACAACAUCCCAGCAGCAACAGCAGCAGCAGCAACCACAGCCCCAGGUGGCCAGCACCCUGCCUCAGAACACUCCUCUGCUGCAGAGCUCUGCCUUGCAACGAGGCCCUCAGCUGCCCCCACUCUCUGUCACGGUGCCCUCCUCCAUGCCCCAGUCCCCACCGGGCAGCCAGACCCAGCCAACCAUGGGCAUCGACAUCAACUCGGCCUCACUCCAGCAGUACCGCAGUAGUGCUGGCUCCCCUGCCAACCAGUCUCCCACCUCUCCUGUCUCCAAUCAAGGCUUCUCUCCUGGCAGCUCCCCUCAACAUUCUUCCAUUCUGGGGAGUGUAUUUGGUGACUCCUAUUAUGAUCAGCAGAUGACAGCUAGGCAGGCUAAUGCCCUAUCCCAUCAGCUGGAGCAGUUCAACAUGAUCGAGAAUGCCAUCAGCUCCAACAGCCUCUACAGCCCCUGCUCCACCCUCAACUACUCCCAGGCAGCCAUGAUGGGACUCACAGGCAGCCACGGCAGCCUGCAGGACUCGCAGCAGCUCAACUACUCCAGCCAUGGGAACAUCCCCAACAUCAUUCUGACAGUGACAGGAGAGUCUCCCCCCAGCUUAUCAAAAGAACUGACCAGCUCCUUGGCAGGGGUGGGGGACGUCAGCUUCGACACGGAUUCCCAGUUCCCUCUGGAUGAACUCAAAAUUGACCCUUUGACCUUGGAUGGGCUGCACAUGCUGAACGACCCAGACAUGGUCCUGACCGACCCCGCCACAGAGGACACCUUCCGGAUGGAUCGGCUGUGAGCAACCCCCCCCCGCGCCCCCCCGGAGCCUGGCAGCGAGGCCUGUGCCUGGAGCCCGGCGGCACUGGAGAGCCUGAAGGGUCAGUGCUGGGGGAGCAGGAGCUGCCCGGAGCCGCAGCUCUGCGCUGUCCAACCUGCACCAUCAGUACAGCUUCUGCCCCAGGCUUGCAGCGCCGCAUCCCCAUCCCGCCGCGCCCCCCUCCCCCCCCAGCCCAUCGGCUCAGGCAGGAGGUCCCCUCGGCCUUUUCCUCUCCAGAGCCCCCCCCAGAGCUCUGCUGUCCCCCCUGUCGGUUUUGUCCUUUGCACUAGAAAGGGGGUGGGGGUGGGCAGGUGAGGGAGGUGCCGAGCCCCGGCCGCAGGGGCUCUGCCGUUUGAGCCGGGCAGGGGCAAGCACCGCAGAGCUUCUCCCUCCCCCCCCCCCCACGGAAGGCUCUGAAAGCCAAUCUGUGCGUGGGCAGCCUGGGGAGGAGCUGGGGGGGCUCUGGUGGCGUUGGCUCUGCUUUGUGACAGCUGCUUUGUAGAGUAAAAAGCUUCUCCCCGAGUGCUCUGCCAUGGCUGUCCCCAGGCCCCUUCCCUCGCCUGCCCUGUGCCCGCUGUGCCCCUCCCGCCCCGGGCAUGCCCAGCGGCAGCCUGCCACAGCUGCUCUGAGCAGGAGCCUGGGGGCUCCGUGGACCCAAGGACCUGUCCUUGCCGUGUGUGGCUCUGUGCAGGUGGAGAAGCAUCUCUGAGCUCACCCCAGCACUUGGGGCUCCUCGCCUGGGGAGCAGGGAGGGAGCAGCAGCAGCAGCAGCCAAAAGGACCUGAGGAGACUUCCCCCUGCAGAGCUUUGCUGUGGGAGGCACUCCUGGGCACCAGGAAGGGGCAUUUCUGCUGCCAGGCCUGGCUCCAGUCACAGCUCUUAUUUUUUAACCUUUUAUUCCUUUACUCUGUUCCCAUUAUUUAUGAUCUCUUUUUUUUGUUUUUGUUUUUGGGGUUUUUUUUUGUGGGUUUGUUCUGUUUUUUGUUAAUUUAAGUACUUGGAUGUUAGGGGCAGCAGCUGAACUGCACAGAGCCAAGGAGAGAGCUCCCACAGAGCCCUUGGACAGGACACCCCUUGGUGUGCUCUCACCCCACAGAUCCACCCACCCCCCCAGCUUCCAUGCAUCUGGCAUUUUUUUAACUAACUGGAAUCUUCACCAAGGUGGUUGAGCAGAGCCUGGGGCAGGUCUUAGAUGGUUUCCUUUUCUCCAGCCCAGAGAGGGUGGCAGGAGCUCAGACAUUCCUUCUCUCGCCCUGGGGAGCUGCAGAUUGCUCCAGGGGGUGAGGCUCUGCUCCAGCCAGAGCAGACUGCUGCUGUUAGUCCUCCUUGGCCCCUCUCUGGGUGCUCAAGGACACUUGCUUGUGGCUGAUGGGCACCAGCCCACCUGCUGCCCUGCUUUCAGGUGGGCACCCUUCCUGCCCUGGUGGUGGUUCCCAGAUCUCAGCACUUGGCCCUCCUCUGGCAAGUGGGGAACAGGAGUUUGAAGAUUUAUCAAGCACCCAGCAGGUCCCUGUGGGGGGCACUGCCCAGGUGCUGCCUUCCUGCACCAUCAUCUGCUCCCUAAAUGAAGGUCUCCACCUGCAGGACCCUUCACCUGCAGCGGCAGUUGGGGAUCCUCCUCCCUUUGUUGAGGGUGACCCCGAAGGUGAGCUGGGGCCAGGGUCCCAUGCAGCAGGGGUGGACAUGCAGCUGGCUUUGGGCCAGCAGUGUGGGCAGAGGAGCUGGGGCAGGGGGCAGGUGUCCUUCCAGGGCAGGGCUGUGUUGUGUCAGGGCCCCUCCCUGCUGUGGUGCUCCCCCCACGGCUCCCUCUGACUCGGGCUGCAUCAGCUGGGUUUGCCUUUUGCCUCCUGCUCCUCCUCACUCGGCAGAGCCCCCUCAGCCCUUCUCCCCACCACACUCCCCUCGAGGAGGGAUUUCCCUGUCGUGGGGCAGGUGCUGAGGAAUGAGUCUCACUGAGUCUCUGCCUGCUUCCAGACGUGGGUGGGAACCUGUGCUGAGAGCCACACAGACACUGCUGGGCAGGGGCCUGGCUGGCAUCCCUGAGCUGGCAUCCCUGAGCUGGCAUCCCUGAGCUGGGGCUUGUGCUCACGUUUGUGCCAUUAGUUGACCAUUUGCACUAAAAAUGUUCUUGUUCUGUCA